AUGAUUAUGGUGGGCUCGUCCGACAUCCCAGAACAGGUCGUUAGUCUUAAUGUGGGUGGACAAAGAUUUGCCACCAGUUCGCAUACACUCACGUGGAUCCCAGAUUCCUUUUUUACAAGCCUUUUGAGUGGCCGAAUACCGACCGUACGUGAUGACAGUGGAGCAAUAUUCAUUGACAGGGAUCCGGAUGUUUUCCGUAUCAUUCUCAACUACCUUCGUACGAAACAGGUAGACUUGAGACGCAAAACUGUACAUCAUCUUCCUCUGAAAAUGGAUCACAGCAGUCCAGCACAGGUGAUCUUUCGUUCCAACUGUUUUUCUACUCCUCUCAUUUCGUCUAUAUCGUCCUUUACACAAGAUGUUACAAAGUCUGCGCCAAGCACUGACGCGGCGACGUGUGGAUGUAUGAGCAAGACCGCUACAGCACACGGUGGAUCUGUGGUCCCAGACAGAGGUGAUGGGUGGUAUUCGAGACAAGGAAGCGGACAUAGCACACCAAGAGUAUAUGGGCAUUGCAAGAAGAGUUCAUAUGAACUCGCCAGAUAUAUCCGCAACGAGUUGUCUCAUCUGAAACAUCAGUCACGGGUUCAGUCCGAGGAUGAACCAGAUCCGCUGCGUGUGCGUAUAGUGAGGGCUCAUCAUAAUUCAAUCAUCGUUGCUUACGCGUAUUAUGCCUGUGUUUAUCGCCUAUGCAUUCAGAACACUGAUAGAAUGGUGGCUCUGGCUCUUUCGAAUGGAAACAUUCUUUUGUGGUCACUCGAGGAAGGUGAUACUGCUGUGAAGAUCGAUGUUGUUGCUAUAUCGUGUUACGAUACCGCCGGGUCAUCACUUCUGUUGGGUUGUACAAACGGUUCUAUGUACUAUAUAGACAUGCAGAAGUUCCCUUUAAGGAUGAAGGACAACGACCUGCUGGUGACAGAACUCUACAAAGAUCCGAAUGGUGACGGCAUAACUUCGAUUAGUGUUUACUUGACCCCGAAAACGAAUGUAUGUGGAAACUGGAUCGAAAUCGCUUACGGGACAUCGUCGGGUGCUGUUCGCGUUAUUGUCCAACAUCCUGAAACGGUUGGACAUGGACCGCAAUUGUUCCAGACAUAUACUGUUCACAACUCUCCAGUUACAAGAGUCACACUGAGCACAAACCAUUUGAUCAGCGUAUGUUCGGAAUACAAUCAUGUACGAUCAUGGAUGGUUACGCGUUUCCGUGGUAUGAUCAGUACCCAGCCGGGUAGCACUAGUCUAGCAUCGUUUAAAGUGCUUACGUUGGAUUCUACUGACGAUUCUGUUGACAGGGACUACGCGGAUCCCGGACCAUAUGGUGAUCAAGAUGGUGACCAGGUAUUUGUUCAACGCGUAGUUCCUAAUACUAAUCAGCUUUUCGUACGACUAGCAUCCACGGGAGAAAGGAUAUGUACUAUACGGUCCGUAGACGGUGCUGCAAUUUCAUCAUUCACCGUUCAUGAAUGUGAAGGAUCGAAUCGAAUGGGUAGCCGACCACGUCGUUUCCUGUUUUGUGGAACUACUAGUGGAAGUGUGCAGGAAAUAGAAGCACGUGAUUACGUCGAACAACAGCAAACGCAAGGUAUGUCCCAAUGGGAUGAAUCUUCUUGA